AUGAAUUUGUGGAAUAAAGGAAAGACUCCUGAACCCUGUGGUGCGAGGAUUGCGGCUCGGGUUGACUUGGUGUCUCCGAGGCUUGCGAGGAUUGCAGCUCGGGUAGACUUGGUGUCUCCGAGGCCUGCGAGGAUUGCGGCUCAGAUUUACUUUGUAUUUCUGAGGCCUGCGAGGAUGUUAUUGACAAGAUACUUGGAAUUGACGGAAUGUUAUCGGAAUUGA